AUGAUUGGAGUGGAUUUUGGUGAUGAUAGCAUAAUAGGAAAAGACUGGAGUUUGAUAUAUGGAAUGGUUUGCAAAGUCAUCAAGCAACGAAGAGCUAUAUGUUGGAGUCGAGCUCUAACUUGUCUCUUGGAGGCGGCAUUCAACAAAGGAAGGCUACCCACAGAAACUUAUGAGUUUUCACAUGAAGAACUUGUACAAGCUAUAAAGUUGGAUUCAAGCGUACAGUUUGAGGUAGGCAGCAUCAACGCUGCGGUGAAGCGUAUUCAAAAGAAAGGGUUGGUGAAGAUCAACUCCAAAAACUCAUGGGACGAAGAUGGAUAUCGAGCAAGGUGGAAAUUUGAAGUGAAACCAAAUGCCAACGGCCAAGUCCUUAGAGAACAAGUGCUAUUUGCAGCCAACGGCCAAGUCCUUAGAGAACAAGUGCUAUUGCAACCCGUGGGUAUUAUAAUGGAUGUAAAUUCAGAGUUUCUUGAUGGAACAGGAAAGGAGUUCUACAAAGUACGAAUCAUUGAAGAAGGGGCGGAACGACAUGCACUCUUCAUCAUUGGAUACGGCGUGAAAGAUGGACAAUUCUUCUUCAUAUGUCAGAACAGUUGGGGAAAGAAAUGGGGUUACAAUGGUAUUGGGAGGCUCAUCAUCGAUGAUGCUUGUCCCAUAUUUGUCUUUUACCCCACGGGUGAUCAACUAUUUGGUUGA